CAAAACAUUCACAGUCACUGAGCAGCAGCAAUGACUGAGAUUUUGGAGGAGCGGCCAUUCGGCUCGCAGUAUAGCAAAGUCUAUCUCUCGAUUUUUGUCCUUUUUUGCUUCAAACUUUUUGUCAAGAUCAGCUUAAACAUACUGACCCACUUCUAUGCGGUUAAAGGAAACCGUAAGGAGGCGGCCCGGAUCGCAGCUGAGUUUUAUGAUUUUGGUCAAGGGCACAGUUCAUGGGCGGAUCGUUCUCCACUCCAUGAAGCUGCAUGUCAGGGUCGACUCCUGGCUCUUAAGACUCUUCUCUCACAGGGUCACAAUCCAAAUAUCAUCACCAUUGAUCACGUGACUCCGCUACAUGAAGCUUGUCUGGGAGAUCAUGUAGCAUGUGCCAGGGCUCUCAUAGAGGCCGGUGCCAAUGUAAAAGCCACGACCAUUGACGGUGUGACCCCGCUGUUUAACGCCUGCUCGACAGGAAGUUUCACCUGUACAGAGGUGCUUUUGGAACAUGGAGCAAAACCACAGGCAGAAGCUUGCCAACCUUCGCCCAUUCACGAGGCAUCGAGCAAAGGUAGGGCAGCAUGUUUAGAGUCUCUCAUCUCGUGGGGAGCAGAUGUAGAUUACGACAUCCCCCAUCUAGGAACACCUCUCUACAUUGCCUGUGUCUCCCAACAGCUCCAGUGUACACAGAAACUUCUGGAUGGAGGAGCCAAUGUGCAGAAGGGCCGUUUCCUGGACACUCCACUACACGCUGCAGCACAGAAGGACUGUCCAGAUAUCAUCAGACUGCUACUAGAGUUUGGCGCUAACAUCAACGCUCGCAACCUGGAGCUGCAAAGGCCGGUGGAGACAGCGCCACCCAGCAGUACGGCAGAGUCUGCGCUCCUUCUGUAUGAAGCCACGCCACAGUCUCUGUGUCAGCUGUGUAGACUGAGUAUCCGAAACUAUAUGGGCCGAUCCAGACUGCACCUGAUUCCUCACCUCAAACUGCCUUCUCUGCUCAAGAGUUUCCUCCAAUACAGAUAGACUCUCAACGUUACUCCACAAAGCCCCUCCCCCUUUUAUUUUCUUAUAUUAAGUGCAUUAAUAUACAAAUAAGGUCAUCACAUUUUGUUUGACCACCAACGCACAGAAAACACUAUUACAAUAGCCAUUCAUUUCACUUAAUUUAAGUUCAAUUGUUUAUUUUUAAAUACUUAUAUUUUUGUGCAACUAAUGAACACCAGUUAACUAUUUUUAUAUAAUCACAACAUUAGUGUAAAUUUAUCAUUUGUAACCUGCACUAUAUAAGCUGCAUGCCUAAUAUGAUACAAAUAUAUCAUGUCAGGGUGAAAUCAUUAAAGUGCAUGUCAGUAUAAUGAAUUAAAAAACAAUUAUCACACUAAUGUAAAAAAGAAGAGGAUAACUGUUCAGAAUUCACAAAAUCUGAUGCUAUCAAUAUUUUCACAGCUUCCCAAGCUGCAUCAUGAACUGUUUAGAAAAUAAAAAAAUAAAACCGCUGGAAGAUUCAGUGUAAUGCAGUACUUUUGCUAAUCAUUUUGUUGCCAAAACAAAGCAUGAUAAGAUAUGUAACUUAUAAAUAAAGAAAAAUAUUUAAAAUUUGUCUCAUUGGUCUCCCUUUUCUUUGCAUUGCAGACUAGUACUGUAUUUGAAUCAUGUUCAAUGUAGUGCAAUACUCAUAAGCAAAAAUAGAAUAAUAAGAUUUCCUGUACACUUGAUCUUUUUAAUAGCAAUUAUCAAAUCAUAGUCACAAAAAAGAAAGUAAUUGCCUGUUCUUAUAUAUCUCGCCUUGCGCUUUUAUGAUAUCAUCAGUCAAAAUAAAUAGAUGAGACACUUGGAACAUGCAGAAUUUGAAAAGCUCCUGGCUUAAUCAGAUGCAUGACUCAACUCCAGGAUCGAUAUAUACCUGUUUAACUGUCCUCAGUUGCGUAUGAACAGUGAUCAUAUGAAUAUGUUAUAUACACCCAUUUAAACUUGGAUUUAGACGUAAAUUCUACAACAAAACUAUAUACAAAUAAAUACAUUUCACAGUGCAUUUCACAUUUGAUGAAAAUGGUCUCUGUAUGUUUUUUUUUU